AUUUUUUUCCAGGGACCUUUGCAAACGCAAUGGCGAGGAAGUUGCAAAUGUCAGCGAGCAAAGGGUAAUGUAGGUUUCUCAAAGUAAAUCAACAAGGUAAAAGCAAAACUCAAAGUCAGAGAUUCUGUUUCAUUAUAAGGGCUGCACCUUUCGUGCACACACUAUGCAUGUGUUGCUUAGGUGCAGACUACAGUAGGAUAGAUCUAUGCAGCAAUCAAGGGACGCUUUAGUUCAUCUAAUCUAGAUCUUAGUUUGUUGGUAACAUAUUAAGACUUGUUUUCCCUCAUCAUGUUUUCUGCUUCGUUUAUGCGAGUUAUUCAAUGCAGCGAGAAGUUACAAGGCUCGCCAGGAAAGUGGUUACUUGCACCCCAUGGGAAGAUGUUUCUAAGGACUUGGCGGUGUUUUAGGUGGGGGCAGGAAUUUGCCCACAGAGAAUCUGUGUUGAGCCCUCGUAUGAUUUUCCAAGUUGCUAAACAAAAUAUCUGGACCCAGGAGGGGUCCCUGAGAGCUGGGAAUAAAAGCAAACAAGUGUCUGUGCAAAGAAGUCAAAAAGGAGGAGCACCCGUGUCGGCUGCUCAGAAAGUGAAAGAAGCUGGAAGGGAUUUUACCUACUUAAUAGUGGUGCUCAUUGGGAUUGGUGUUACAGGUGGUUUGUUCUAUGUGAUUUUUACAGAACUAUUCUCUUCCUCCAGUCCCAGUAAGAUUUAUGGCGAUGCCUUGGAGAAAUGCAGAUCUCACCCAGAGGUAAUAGGUGUUUUUGGUGAACCCAUUAAAGGUUAUGGUGAGCCAACGCGACGAGGAAGACGACAGCUUGUCAGUCACUUUGAGUAUGUAAAAAAUGGAUUGAAAUACAUGCGCUUGAAGUUCUACAUUGAGGGCUCAGAACGGGGAAAGCAAGGGACAGUCCAUGUGGAAGUGAAAGAGAAUCCUGAAAGCAGAAGAUACGAGUACCGUUACAUAUUUGUGGACGUUGAGGCCUACCCUAGAAGAACCAUUGUAAUUGAAGAUAAUAGAUAGUAACUUGGUUCUUUCACUGUGACAGUUCUUGAAGAGUGCUGAAUGAUGCACAGUCAGUGUACAAAUGAAUGCCGAGUGAUGCAGCAUACAUCUACAAUUUCACAAUCUUACUCCCUUACUUACAUCCGUGGAAUCUCAUUGAAGGUACUGGGGUUGCACAGGUGUAACUGGGGCCAGCAGAGAGUUGGUCACUAUCAGUGUAUUUAUAAUGGAAGUAUAAUAGGAUUUGAAGUGAACCAAAUUUUAAAAUAGUGUCCUCCUUUAUCGCAAAAAGACAUGAGAUAGGAAAGAAUAGUUAUACAAUGAAUUUAAUACUGGAUAGUAUUUCCGCUAGUAUUUCUACACAGAACCCCUAAUAUUGUCUUCCAACACUUCAAAGUUAUUUUUCUUUUGUUUAUAUUUCACAACAGCACUUCAAUAAAGAAUGACAUACAAAAUGUAGAAAAAUA